GACGUGGCCGCCAGCACGCCGCCUUGGCAGCCCAAAGAGGAGGAAGGAGAGGAAACCGGGCCAACGCCCACCUCUGAUAUUUCGCCCGAUGGGGGCUUAGCUGAGACCAACUGGGACUGGAUGACCACGCCCCCUCAGAAGCCACACGUGGUGUGCGUGGACUGGACGCAGCCGAGUGGACAGGGCUACGUCCUCCUCAACAUGAUGCGCAACCUGAAAUGCGAGGAGUUCCGCGGCGACGGCGGCGUGCGCCUGAUGAAGACGAUGGAGCGACGCGUUGUGCGGCGCAUGAACAGCACAGAGGGAUCGUGGGUAAUUUACCUGAGCAAGCCCAGGCACCAACAACGACAGAUGCUGAUGCACGUGGCGUCUGACGACGGCGUGAUGGCCACCAAGGACCUGCUGAGUCUGCUGGGAGAAAUGCGUCCGAGUUUAAACAGGGUGGGCAUCCAAGAAUACGGCGCGCCGCCUACGUGCCAACCCCGCCGCAGCGCGUCCCAGCGCAGCGACUACAGCAAACUGUUUGUUGUCCUGGUGGUCAUCGGCUCCAUCUGCCUGGUCAUCAUCACGUCGGGCUUCAUCUACAUCUGCUGGCAGAGACGCCCCCCUUCCACCAAGACCACUUUCCACGGCGAGGAGCUUCGCUUUGUGGAGAACGGUUGCCAUGACAACCCCACCCUGGACGUGGCGGGCGACAACCAGCCUGACGCCCGGCCUGAAGACCACCGAGAAGAACAGAAGAAGAAGCAGCCUAGUACCAACGGACUGGUGGGGGGAGGCGAGGGCGUCUGCGUGGAGGAGAACCCUCGCUGGCAGGUCUUUGUCAAUCAAGCAGCAGCUGAGGAAGAGGAAGAAGAGGACACACACCUCUGACGGAGGACAAGGAAGAGGAUGGGGCGGACGUCUCCGAAGAGGAGUCACCCACCCCCUCGGUAGCCACGCUCGCUGUUAGCUUGUGAUUGGCAUUCAUCGCAAACAUGAGACACACGGCGAAAAAAACAAAACCCGAAGCACUUUAACAACGUUGGAAAUAAAAGCACCUUUUCGCUGCUGUCGGCUGCCCGCUUGGCAAUGUUCGCAUUUUGUACCAAUGCUAAGGCUAAUGACGCCGCACGUUGCUUGCGUUGUCACUCACUCCAGGUGACAGAUUGUGUUCCUAAUGCGCCGCGAUCGCGUCAUGGCUCGCUUGUCAAGUUGUAGCCUGUCAAAUAAAGUUUUGCAACUCUCAUUAUUGAAGCAGUGGAUGGUUUUCUCU